GUCGGCCCAAGGGUUCAACUUCAACCAUUCCUGAAUUGCGUGCGCAGACAGUUGCGCGCCACACUUUCUGUGGCGAAAAUUUGAAGCUUGUUUAAUCACUGUCCGAAUUCUUCAAUCAAUGGAGACCGAGUUGGUGCUUGCUUCAAUCAACGCAGGAAUCAGCUGCUGGGAUCUUCGGUCAGGAGCCGCGCAGCAUGCCCAUUUCCGUUCCGCCUCUUCCACCCCUGCCCACGGUCUCACCUCCAUCGACUUUGCAGAUGGAAAUCGCGUCAUUGCUGCCACUCAUGUUCGUGAGGCGAAGAAAUCUUCUGGUUCCGUCCUUUACUGGACAUGGAAUAAGCAUGAGCCGGAAGUGAAAAGUUUUCUGUUCGAACCUAUUCUUGCACUUGUUUCCCACAGCGAGGCAGGUUAUAUUGUGGGUGGAAGUAAAUCUGGAAAGAUAUAUAUAUGGGAGGUAUCUACUGGUAAUCUGCUAACAAAGUGGGAUGCUCAUCUCCGGGCUGUAACAUGCUUAGUGUUCUCUGAUGAUAAGUCUCUUUUGAUUUCUGGGUCGGAAGAAGGAGGAGUUCGAGUGUGGUCGCUUUUCAUGAUUUUUAACGAGGUGCAAAGGGAGCAAGCAAAGUACAUUUAUGAGUAUAGUUUCUCUGAGCACAGUUUAAAAGUUACUGAUAUUGCGGUUGGUUAUGGAGGAUGCAAUGCUGUCAUUCUGUCAUCUUCGGAGGAUCAUACUUGCAAGAUUUGGAGCUUGUCUGGAAGAAAGCUACUAAGGUCUGUUAAAUUCCCGUCAAUAAUUGAUGCAGUCGCGUUGGACCCGGUAGAGCAUGUGUUCUUUGCUGGUGGCAGGGAUGGUAAAAUAUACGAGGCUGCACUCAGUGCUCAAGUCAAGCUCCAUCAUAGUUACGGGGAACAUAUCAUUCGUUCUUCAAGCGAACAUAGUAAAGCUAUAACCUGCUUAAAAUUAAGUUUGGAUGGACGUCUAUUAAUAUCUGGAUCAGAGGAUGGGAUGGUUCGAGUUUGGGACACUAAAACCCUUCAUAUUAUUCGGGUCUUUCGACAUGAUGCAAAAGUUUCCUCUCCAGGCCCAGUCAGUAAUGUUCUUGUCAUUAGUCAGCCACUCCCAAGGACGUCGGUGACUUCUCAAGCUGUCUCAUCGAGGAGACAUGAAUUAAAACCAUUAAAAAUGAGUUCUGAUUCUCCUCAUGAAAAUGUCAAGGCAUCUCUCAAAUCCGAUGAUCAUACUGAUUAUUCCAACAUUUGUGUUCAGACACUACUGCAGAAGCAGAUAAAAGAACUCCAGCAACAAGGUUCUUCUGCUGCUAAUGGAAUGGAAACGGAAAGGGUGAAACUGGAGCUUAAAGAAACCCAGCAAAUGAAUCAGCAAUGGAAGAGAAAGUUCGAUGAUCUAUAUGGACUCUAUGUAUCUGAGAUAAUGGAAGGAUCUACAUGAAAGCGGUGCAAAUGGAAGGAAAUGAACCUGAGUCGAUCCCAAGGUUUGGCCCUGUUAGAUAUCACGUUCUGUUAGCGACAAAUUCCCUUUUAUUGACAAGUUUCACUGUUUUAUAUUAAUUAGGUCUGUUUAUCCACUUUCUAGACUCUUUAAAGCAACUUUUAUCACGCAGUUUUGAUAGGUGAAUAUCUUCUCAGCUCAGCCAUUGUUACAUAUUUACUGGUACGCCCCGAAUGUCAUAGACUAAAAAAUUCUCCAUAGUUUAAGAAACAACUCUAUUUUCAUGGGGAUGCAGUGAGCAUUGGGAGAAUUAUGUUCUUUUCGCAUGUAUUGAGUCUGAAAUGAGAGAGUGAAAGUUGGCUAAAGCAACUCGAUACUUCUUUGAUAGAGAUGGAAUUGUAAUUAUUAAACAAGGAAUCGUGGGAAAAGAAAAUUUCUGAUGCAAUUUGCUACUGCAACUGCUGAGAUAAAGGACGAUGGUCACGUUUCCAAGUCCGUGUGGCCAGUUGAAGUUAUCAUUAAAGAAGUCAGGCAACUUUUAUUUUCCAACAUCAUUCAGUAGCCUUCAACUAGAUCCAUAGUGACGUUAAAAUGAAACAAUGAGUUGUUCUUCAGUUUGUCCAAAGACUUUGGGAAAGGA